AUGGGUAUCCUUCAACAUCCCGGUUCCGGAGAGAAGCAUAGUCCGUUCGCCAGCCAACUUCGCGAUGCUCUUGCUUCCGCGAACCAUUUCAACCUCUGGAGCAUCCCCGAAUCAGUUGCAGGCACCCGAGAAGAAGACUGCCCUGAUGAUAUGGAAUCGCAGUCCUCUGCGGAAAGAAGUCAUAUGACAAGGGAUGAAGAGAUAGAACAUGGUGCAGAUCCUGAUUGGGCUGGUAGUCCUGUAUCAAUGGACAAGUUUCUGGGGUGUCUUCAAGAUUUGAACGCCCGACUCCAGUCCAUAGAAGAACAGCUCGUAAAACAAAACGUCUGGAACGACGACAUGGGCCAAGGUGUGAAAGAGAUGCAGGGCGGGUACCAAGGUAUCUCGGCGCUCAGUGAGGAAGUGGCUACGCUGAAAGAACAACUCAACGCUCUUCGCAGGGGUAGCCCAGGCAGUGGGCGAAAGCCAGGACGCCCCAGGCGGGUCGCCCAGUGA